UCCAAUUCAACUGUUGGCUUGUUUGCUUGUUCCGUUACGUUGAGCCAGUCACCCAGGUGCAGGUUGCAGUCAGCUCUCCUCCUCCUCCCCCGCCGGCGACCCUCCACCAAGGGAAACAAUACCCAAGAACUCGCAACCUUCCACAACAGAAUCGAUCCGACCCGCGCCUCCAUGUCCAUGUCCUCCUCUGCCCGGCUAGGGUUGCCCAAGUAGGGCGACGUAUACAUGGCGCUGUGGCUCACGCUGCUCCUCGGCGUGGCCCUCCCGGUCGGGGCGCUGGUCGCGGCCGGCCUCUACGUGUACCGGCGUCGACGCCUGCCGCGUAACGCGCCGCCGGAGCUGCCGAUCGGUGCCGCUGGCGCGGGUGCCUCGGCCAGCCCCGGCGGGCUGGAGAAGCUCAACGCCAAGUACAACGCCAGCAGCGGCCGCGUGGGCGUCCGGUUCCAGCAGCUGCACCAUCACCACCACGCCAAGCACCGGGCAGGCGCGCCGCCGCAGCAGCAGCAGCAGGGCCCGUUCCAGUGGGGCGACCACCCGCGGCUGGUGAUCGAGGCGGCGGAGAACGGGUGGGCGCAGUUCGUGUUCGCGGUGGCGCCGCCGCGGGCGAGGUCGGCGGCCUCGUCGCCGCUCUGGGGCCUCUGCCCGGUCUGCGACGCCGGGACCAGCGGCGAGCUGGCCGACGCCGCGUGGGACGCCCCCGUGGGGUCGUCCGAGCGGAUGCAGGCCGUGCGGCUCAACCCGGCGACCGCGCCCGCCGCCGCCGCGUCCAGCAAGAAGCAGUGGCUCCCGGGCAGCGUCACCAACCCCCUCCGCAGCGACCAGGACCUGGCGAACAGCAACGCGCUGAGCGUCGCCAGGAUGAGCAUGCCGCUGCCGGGCCCGCCCAUGGCCGGCACGCCCUUCUCGCAGGACGCAUACUUCGAGAUCACCAUCAUCUACCUGAACACGCGGCGGCCGGAGUGGUCCGCGUCGCGGGCGAGCAGGCGCGGGAAGGACGGCUCGGGCGAGAGCGACCGCGUCAAGCUCAUCGAUUUCGCGCCGGCCGACACCACCAGCAACGUGAUCCAGGAGACCAGACCCGCGAAAGAUGGCCAGGGAGACAAACAGAGGCAUCAGGUCAUGUCGCUCGGCCUCGCCGCCGGCUCCGCCACGCCGCCGCGGCCGUCGUUGGCCGGAACGUACUCGUCUUCCAUCGGCUUCCACUCCAACGGCGCGGUCUACCUCGACGGGAUGAAGCUGGUGUACGAGUCGGACAAGUCGUCGUGGGCGGCGGUGGACAAGGUGGUCGGCCUCGGCUUCGAGCCGGCGAAACGGAAGGUGUACUUCACGGUGGACGGCCAGCAGGUGCACAAGGUGAGCUGCAACGCCGACGCCUUCUCCAGCCCGCUCUACCCGGUCCUGGCCUCCAGCUUCGACGUCAUGGCUCUGGUCAACCUCGGCCAGAACAAGUUCCGGUACGCGCCGGCCAACGCGCGCCGCACGGCCAACCCGUGCUUCGUGCGGUCAGCCUCGCUGGGCAACGACGGCCGGAGCGGGUCCGUGGGGCUCGACUUCGACGACGAGAGCGGCGAGCUCUUCUCCAUGGGCCGCGUCGACUCCGGCUGGACGGACACCUCGCGGGUUAGCAAGAGCAGGAAGGACAACGGCGGCGCCGGCGCCGGCGACCUCGAUCCCGACUCCGACCUCUUCGAGAUCCCGUUGUGAGACUCUGAAACGGACCGCGACGUCAGGUGGCUCAAUGGUCAAGCAGGAGAGCUGUCCGCAGUAAUGGCCAACGGUGACUUGGUGAGGCUGAUGCUGACACGUGCUUAGAAGAUAGGACACCGCAGCUGCAGGUUUUUCUUUCCCAUGGCGCCAUGGCCGGCCGUCGUUGAAUCUUCUCGCGGCUGCCAUCUAGAUGCUGUGAAAAGUGGUUAGAUUCCAAGGAUUGAAAGCUUGUCUUAUGCAACGAGCUCACGAUUCGUUCCUUCUUUUCCACUUUCGUCCCCUACUCGUUCCCGAGACUUUUCAUAUGAGGAUGUAAAUACUUUUAGAAUGGAGAUAGAUCCUGUAACUAUUAAUCCGAAUAAAGAGGAGCUGGACAAGGUCAA